UCCUCUCCGCAGCCCAACCGAACCCAACCCAAGUAGCACUUGUCCUCUUCCUUCUCUCCGCUCCUCUCCCCCCUGAGCCUGAGGCCGAGGCGGCGACCGCGGCAGGAGCGCGCCGCAGCUACCGUUCCUCCCCCGCCGGCGAUCUCCGAUCUAUCCGGCGAAUUUGGGGCGGAGGAAACGGGAGCAACCCUCUCUCGGUACCUGGAACUUCAGGACAAGAUGCACUUCCUUGCAUCAUUUCACGGCCCUGCAGGUUUAAAGUCUUUAUCUGUUUCGCCUGGAUGGAUGCCAAGAAGUUCCUGCAGAUGGUUGAAGAAAAGAAGAAGAGACUCCUUGAUAAGAAAGAAGCACCACUAAAAUGGCAGCAGAAGCUGGAAGCAGCAAUCAAGGCCACUGAAGCAAAGGAGAAGAAGCUGAAGUCAAGAAAGCACAGGAGGAGAGGUGACUCUUCCUCUGAAUCUGAUAGUGACUCUGAGAGUGAUGGUGAUCGGAAACAUAGGAAGAGGAAAGACCGCAGAAGGCACAGGAAACAUGGUCACUCUGAAUCUGAUGAUGCUAGGAGGCACAAGCGCAGGUCAAAGAGGAGGAGCUCAGACUCGACAGAUGAGAGUGACAGCGAUGAAUAUGGGAGUGGAUCUGAAGUUGAACGGCGAAGGAAGAAGCACUCACACAGGAGAAGGCAUCGCCGACAUUCUUCAAGAUCAGAUUCUGACUCUUCAGACUAUAGUAGUGAUGAUGAAGAGCGGAGAUCAACCAAGAAGGACCAUUCUAGGAGCCGUAGGCGCCACCGCCGAUCAUCAGAUGAUGACUCUGAGGAGAAGAUCAGGUCGAGACACAGGAAGCGUCACCGAUCAAGUGAUGAGGAUGCACCAUCAGAUUCCAACCACCAUAAGCGCCAUAGGAGCCGCUCCCUGGGGGAGUCGACAGAUGAUGGAGCUGCCGGUGAAUCAGAGAAGAUGAACAAUGGCAAAAGGUCUCAUAGGAAUGGACAUGGUCACCACCGCCACCGCCAUCAUGAUCGCCAUAGCAACUCCGCUGAACCUAAUGACAAGAAGCAAGUCGUGAAGGAUGGCCAGGAAGCCCUUGAAGGUGUCAACGCUGACUAGAAAAUGGUGUGCAGAAAAGAAAUGAACUAAAUGGAGUGAUGUGCUGAAGGAGCUAAAUUUUCUUACAUAAUGUGACCGUCCUGCGGUUCAGGUUGUACUGGUGAUACAUUGGUGUCAUUUGGCGUUUAAACUUAGCUCGUGUCAUUUGGCGUUUAAACAUUAGAUGUUAUUUCAUCAUUUGUUGUGCAAUAUCAACCUUUGGGUUCUUAUUCACCGUAAA